CUUCUCAUCCGCACCAACCAAAUUCCCCACCACCAAAUCCUCCACCGGCGACCGACCUCAACAGCCAGCAAUGUCGGGGCGCGGCAAGGGAGGCAAGGGGCUGGGCAAGGGCGGCGCCAAGCGCCACCGGAAGGUGCUGCGCGACAACAUCCAGGGCAUCACCAAGCCGGCGAUCCGGCGUCUCGCGCGCAGGGGCGGCGUGAAGCGCAUCUCCGGGCUCAUCUACGAGGAGACCCGCGGCGUGCUCAAGAUCUUCCUCGAGAACGUCAUCCGCGACGCCGUCACCUACACCGAGCACGCCCGCCGCAAGACCGUCACCGCCAUGGACGUCGUCUACGCGCUCAAGCGACAGGGGCGCACCCUCUACGGAUUCGGCGGCUGAUCCCAUGGUCUCCGGUCGUGUCCUCUUCGUCUGGUGUUAGCGAGCCAUGGUUUGUUGUUGGUGUCUCGGGUGCGUGUGUUCGUACUGUGUAGUUGUUGGAAGGCGAUGAAUAUGAAUCAAUGGAAUCGUUGUUCGGGCAAGCUUUCUGAAGA